GUCAUCGCUUCUCGCCCAGUCACAUUGUGAGCGAGAAAAUAGCUGAGGAAAAACAAGCCGAGGAGCCGAACCGCCAACUCGGCCGGAGCCGGCUCCCUUCAUGCGCGUUUGGCAUCAUUUAAAAUAAAAAACAAGUGAUAAAUGAGGGAGAUGAAGGGACUCCUAACUCUAUACCGUGCUCUGUACACUCAGAGUAACCGGCAAGCCAGACGAAAAGCGGGGAUUGUAGGUUCUCGGUGCGGGUUUUGCGGAACUGUGUCUAAUAGCAAGUCCCAGCCGGGUUUUGGUUUGCUGUUCGACAUUGAUGGCGUUCUUGUCCGGGGAAAGAUGCCAAUCCCUGCUGCAAAAAAGGCAUUUGAGAAGUUGGUCAACUCUCAGGGACAGUUUGUGGUGCCAGUUGUUUUUGUCACAAAUGCAGGGAAUUGCCUCAGACAAACAAAAGCUGACCAGCUCUCUCACAUUCUGGGAGUAUCUAUUACCCAAGAUCAGGUCAUCAUGUCUCAUAGUCCACUGAGGAUGUUCAAGAAGUACCAUGAGAAGUGUGUGCUUGUGUCAGGACAAGGGCCAGUCCUGGACAUCGCUAAAAAUUUGGGCUUUGAGAAGGUGGUCAGUGUUGAUAUGCUGAGGGAAUCAUUCCCACUGCUGGACAUGGUGGAUCACAACAGGAGACCCAAACUGCCGUCUGCUCCUGUUGGCAACUUUCCUAACAUUGAAGCCGUGGUUCUCUUUGGGGAACCCAUCCGAUGGGAGACCAACCUGCAGCUUAUUAUUGAUAUUCUGUUGACCAAUGGGAACCUCAGCACCACCCACCACACUCAAAUGUCGCCCCACCUCCCCCUGCUGGCCUGCAACAUGGACCUCAUGUGGAUGGCUGAGGCCCAGUCUCCACGGUUUGGCCAUGGGACAUUUCUUGUGUGCCUAGAGAACAUUUAUAAGAAGAUAACAGGUAAAGAGCUGAAGUACGAGGCUCUAAUGGGAAAACCCAGUGAACUGACCUACCAUUUUGCAGAGUACCUCAUCCGAUGCCAGGCCAUAGAGAAGCAAUGGAAACUUCCCAUCACCUCUCUUUAUGCUAUAGGGGAUAACCUCAUGACUGACAUCUACGGCGCCAACCUAUACAACCGCUACCUGGAGGAGAGAGUUACCAGAAAGAAUCCCAAAACUGUUGCCAAGAUGGUCGCCGCCACAGGCUCCACCACUGCCAUGCCCCAGGAGGAGGAGAUCGACAACACUUGGGAGAGUGAGCUAGCGCCACCCUCUGCUACUUCUUGUAAGUCCGUCCUCGUCUGCACAGGGGUUUACAACCCCAACACAGAGGUGCCCUCCGAUGCCAACCACUGCAUCAAAGAGACUGUGUUCCACGGGCACCGGGACUUUAGAUUCGACCCCGCGCUGGUGGAGCCGGUCCACAUUGUGCAGGAUGUGGCGGGAGCUGUCGACCUCAUAUUAGAACAGGAGAAGUUUGUGCCUCAGUAG